CCUACUACGGCCAGGCGCUGCCGGAGUGUGGAAGGCCUCGCGAGAAGGACAUGCACCCGACAUGCCGCCGAUUCACCCAGAUCUCACAGAGCAGAGGUAUGCCUUGUUAGGAUUUGGGUCUCAUUGCCAGCUUUGCGCCACUUCCACCCGUUCAUCCACUGACUGGUCUUUGCAAGUUCGAUGGUGUUCCAAAUGUCGUGAAAAUCAACUGUCAUCGCAGUACUGCGACAUUGAUGGAGUUUUGUCGUCAGUGAGGGUGGAUCGCGUCUGUCUCAGACAAGAUCUCCUUCUCCGCCAAACGUUCAUUUCCUUCCGACGCCCUCCAAAACGCGUGGUUCUUGUUUGUCCAAAGGAGGAGCUUGAAUUGUUUACGUUGAAGGCAGUUGCAAGCAGUGAUGAGUCAUGGGAGUCGUAUGUUUCCCAACAACGGGCAAAAAAGCAGGCAUUGGAGGAACACGCAACAUUAUGUACGGAGUGGACGAAAGGCCGUAUCUCUCAGAGAGAAAACGAGCUGGACCUUAUUCGCGCUGCCCGCAAGAAUGCGGUACGGUCGAAACUGGAGAAUAUGGGAUUUCUAAAAGCAUUUGUUGACCAUGCUGUCGCGGGUGAAUUCCCAGGACUUCGGGUGGCCAAGCCUUUGUUGGACAAAGGUUGUCUGAUUCUGUCGUCACUGAUUAACCAACCUGACUCCUUGUAGAUUGGGCUACAAUUGAGCUGAAUGCCAUUCUAGCCGUCAAGGGAUGCGAAAGGUUCUUCACCGACACCUACAGUUAUUACGCAAGGGAGGCCAUUAUAUCACACUAUUGCUCCUGGUAUGAAUGUCGCGA